GCCCCCCAAGGCAAUAAUCAAACCCGAGCUCCCCCAGCUCGCCUCUCCAUUCACACUCGAACCCUCGACCUCUCCACCCAGCUCAGCCUCGCCGUCGCCAGGGAGCGGGGCAGCCUGCUCCACCACUCCGGCCGGCGACCGCGCGGCAUCCUGCAGCGAGGUCUGAAUUGGUCAUUAUGGUGAGGAAAAGUGCAGAGAAAAGUUAUGGUCGUAUGGCUGCAUGCACAUCAAGUCCUGAACCCUCAGAAAAUAACCCAAGGCAGAAUUUCCGUUUAGGAGAUAUAACAUGGGUUAAGCAUGAUGGCUCCUCAUGGUGGCCAGCCCAGGUCAUUGAUGAAGCAUGUGCCAGUAGCAAGGCCAAGAAGAAGACCAGCCAUGACGCUCUGGUUCGACUGUAUGGCACAUGCCUAGACUUGUAUGUUGACCCUUGGAAGUCUAACAUGGAAUUCGAAAUGUUUCUGAAGAAAGAAAAUAAGACAGCCAUGGAAGCAUUCCAUGAGGUGCUUCAGAAGGAGCUCUCUCAUUUUAAGUCGGCCAGUGAUGACGAGGAGGAAGCUGUCAACAUAAAAGCCAAGACGUCUACUAAGAAAGUCAGAAAGCAAGAAGCCUUAGAGCAGGACCAAGAAGUUCGGAGCAAUGCAAAAGGUGGAGGUGCUGCUCAGAAAGGAAAAAAGCAGAAAGGUGUGAGGCAAGCAAGUGCUCUUGACAAAGCUUUGAGUAUAGAUUCUGCUGAAGGUUUAAGAGAUAAGACACCCAAGCAAGCUUCUGCUGUGCGAGAUAAAAAGAGUGGUAAGAAGGCAUCAUCAGGAACAUCGGUGGCCAAAAAGGAAGGAUCCUCAAAGCGGUCGGGCCGUACCAAUCUGAAGGAAUAUUCAGAUGCGGCGGAGGACAGCACAUCACAGCUCCAUGUUUCAAGCGCAAGUGAAAAUGCAGCUGAAGCAGGAGACAUGACAUCCGUGAAUCGAAGCCAGCACAAAACUGGUUUGACGGUCGAAGGAACCCACCGGAAGAUAAAAGCUAUGGUCAGGGAUAUACUGCUGGGGGACGUCAUAGACAAGCAGCUUGCUGCUGAAAUGGCAUAUGUGGAUGAAGUGAUCUUUGGAAUCUGUGAAGCUACCGAGGCAAAGGCGACUGCUGCUACUACUACUGAGACAGAGGGUGGACUAAGCACCAAGCGGGCCGCUAGUGGGCUGGAGGCUGACUCAAGCCGUGCUGCGAAGAAGAAACCUAGAAAGGGCAAGGCGGCAAAGCCGGAGACCAAGGACCCCAACUCUUCUCCUAGCAGGGGCGCGGGGGGAUCGGAGCAGCGUAGCGCGCGCCAGAUCAAGAUCAUGCAGAGCCUGGGCCUGAUCGCGCCGUUGGGAUCUCCGUUCGACGUGAAGGGUUCUGCUGCAGUCGCCCGUUGAUGAUAUUUUGUAAGCACACCAUUGGUUCUGUAUGGAAACCUGUAGUUAUGGUGCCUACCUGAUCUACCUACUAGUUUACUAGUGCCAAUUUCUGUUCUUGUUUACGGAAGAUUUGGCCCGGACAUAGCUGCUGCGCACGUAAGCGCACAGUUAGUUCUAUCUGUAUCAGCGCAAAGACGAGCCGCAGUCGCUCAGCGCUGUACCGAAUUGAUUAUUAAGAUAUUAAGUCGCGACUUGGAUUA